GCAACAGCCUUGAACUAUUCCACAUCAUCAUGUUCCUCUUCCAAUUUCAAACCCAUCACAGUCUGAAAAUAUACUGUUCGACUUUAAUCAUCACUACAGGAAAUUGGCAUUGAUGUCAUAGUACUCCAGAAGAAGUUUACUUCAUUAUGCCAACGGCAACUCCACGGAACUUACUCCUGGGAUGAGAUUAUUCAUCCUCAGGAAACACAAUCGUCAUGCUACCACCACCUACUUUGAGCUUCACAAUUCCCUCUGUCCACGAUAAUCUGGAUCUCGAGUGUCGUAUCUACCAUCCGUCAAGUCUGGCACCUAACUCCAUCUCGCAGGCUUCACCAUGGAGAAAGAAAGCUGCUAUUGUUGCGCAUCCUUACGCUCCAUUGGGGGGAAGUCACGAUGAUGCGGUCGUUGGUUUGAUUGCUUCUACCAUUUUGAAUGAUGGAUUCAUUGUAGGAACUUUCAAUUUUCGUGGUGCGGGCUCCUCGAAAGGGCAUACUUCAUGGUCCUCCUCGCCCGAACAAAAGGAUUAUAUAUCAUUUCUCGGAUUCAUCGUAAGCUAUUUGCACCACCUUUCUGUGCCAUAUUCAUCUAGACCUCCGUCGUUUGCACAUUCUGAUUCUCAACUUCACACCCUCGCUCCUGUCCCAUCAGAACGCUUAAUGCAGCCUACGAAUGAUAGCCUUUCAGGCAGAUAUACCUCCGCAGGAUCAGGCACUGAGAGCAAUAAUGCACAGCCUCUGUUACUACUUGCCGGCUACUCAUAUGGAUCCCUCAUCACUAUGAAUCUCGAGCCGAGCCUUCUUGGUAUGCUAGCUCCUUUUCAGCAACCAGCCGCUGGCAGUCCAUACGCAGACAUAAGAUCUCGAGCAAGAUUUUUAGCCACUCAACAGAAUGAAACAAUCGAAGCUACAUAUUCAUUGCUUCGAGCUGGAGGUCAUCGGAGAGGUCGUAGUCUUCAAUCAGGAGAACAAAUGAUAAACCACAAAACUCGAUUAUCUAGCUCGGGGGUUAGAAUGGGAGGCGAUGAAGAUAUUAGAAGAGCUAGUCAUGAUGUGCAUGGCUCCGGAGCGAGACGAUCAUUUUCUGUAGAUGCACCGAUCAAGGUCAUAAAGAGUGUGGAUAAGUUCAAGUCUAUUGUUCAUCACGGGUCGCCUAGGAGAGGAGAGAUCCAUUCGCCGAUUAAUCCGGCCCAAGAUAGUGCUAUGAACGUGGGAAACUCAAAGAGGCACUCUCGUGAUAGAGAGGAUGCCAAUAUCAUGGAAAUUCUUGGAAGUGAUUUCAAAGUUGCUUACCUACUUGUUUCUCCUUUACCUCCUGAUGGCAUGAUCAACAAUUUGGCCAGUAUCGGGAGCUUCCAGUUGACUUCCCUUUUUGGAAAGCAAGGUCAUAAAAUAGAUAACAACAUCAAGUUCACAAUUGAUCCUACGUUGGUCAUCUAUGGGACCGGUGAUCUUUUUGUCCAAAUCAAGACUGUCGAACGCUGGACAGAAAAGCUAUCGAGCUUAUGUAAAAGUAGAGGAUCCACGAACGGAGCAGUUUUCAGGUAUGAAGAGAUAGCUAAUGGAGAACACUUUUGGAGAAACUCCAAGGCUGCUAGGCAGCUGGUGGAGAAAAUUAAAAGUUUCCUAUUCGAAAUUUCAGAGUAAAUCCCCGUAUAUCAUGAUGGCAUAGACUACAAAUGAUUAAUGAUAAUGUUAAUGAAAUCACGAAAGUUCAUGACAAUUGUUUUAGCCUCUGCAGAAAUU